AUUUCUCGAAAUCAAGAAGGACCUGGAGAGAUGGGAAAGGCUGUGCUCAUUCCAAAGGAUGACCAGGAGAAGAUGAAAGAACUGUUUAAAAUCAACCAGUUUAACCUUAUGGCCAGUGACUUGAUUGCCCUGAACCGGAGUUUGCCCGAUGUAAGAUUGGAUGGGUGCAAGACAAAAGUCUAUCCGGAUGAACUCCCCAACACAAGUGUGGUUAUUGUCUUUCACAAUGAAGCCUGGAGCACUCUGCUUCGGACUGUGUACAGCGUGAUAAACCGCUCACCGCACCGCCUGAUUUCGGAAAUCAUCCUGGUGGACGAUGCCAGUGAGAGAGAGUUUCUGAAAGCCUCAUUAGAGAAUUAUGUGAAAAAUCUGGAAGUCUCCAUAAAAAUCAUUCGGAUGGAGCAGAGGUCGGGACUGAUCCGCGCACGGCUCCGUGGGGCAGCAGCCUCUAAAGGGCAGGUGAUAACAUUCCUGGACGCACACUGUGAGUGCACCCUGGGCUGGCUCGAGCCACUGCUGGCCAGGAUAAAGGAGGACAGGAAAACUGUUGUCUGCCCAAUCAUUGAUGUGAUCAGUGAUGACACUUUUGAAUACAUGGCUGGAUCUGACAUGACUUACGGAGGGUUUAACUGGAAACUGAACUUCCGCUGGUAUCCGGUUCCCCAAAGGGAGAUGGACAGGAGGAAAGGGGACAGGACCUUGCCUGUAAGGUGA